AUGUCCGAUGCACCUGAAGGCAUUGUCGAAUACGCCUAUGACCACAUCUCGGAAUGGUAUCUUCAAUGGGUAGACAACCAGAAAUCACCGCGAGAGAGGUAUGCCAAGAAGAUGCUUAAGGAGCUACAACCUUCGCCUUCGAUUCUAGAGCUUGGCUGUGGCCCCGGCGUUCCCGUCCUAAGACUGCUUCUCGACGACGGAGCAAAGGUAGUCGCCAACGACAUCUCGACUAAGCAAAUCGAAAUAGCAAAGGCCCGCUUCCCGGGUGCUACGCUGGUUGCGGGCGACAUGACAGCCCUCACCUUUGAGCCUGAGAGCUUUGAUGGAGCAGUCAGCUUUUACACGCUGUUCCACCUUCCACGGUCGAAGCUCAAGACUAUGCUCACCAAGAUCCAUGGUUGGCUGAAGCCUGGAGGAGUCUUUGUUUUCAAUCUCACAACCAUCGACGAGGAAGAAAUCCAUGGCGAAUUUUUGGGAUAUGGAAUGUUCUGGAGUAGCUAUGACCUGGACGGGAAUCAGGCACUGCUUAGAGAAACCGGGUUCGACUUAUUGCAGGUGGAAGUAUUGCAGGCAGGCGAUGGGAAACUGGGAGAGGAUGAUCCAGACUAUGACGCCGAGUUUAUGUGGGUGGUGGCACGGAAGAGAGAUUCUCCUGUCGGGCAGAAUACCGUAACUAUGAUGAAGUCGGGGGGAUGA